CCCUCGGGAGCCUGGCGCCGCUGCACUAUGAGUUCAGCAGGAGGUGGCUCGGCCCUGCGGGUCCAUGCGGUCCGGUUCGGCCCGGGUCAGGAGCUGAUGGGCUCUCUGCAGGCCUUCGUGGAGGAGCGGCGGCUGCGAGCGCCGUUCAUCAUCACCUGCGUGGGCAGCGUCACCAAGGCAACGCUCCGCCUGGCCAACGCCACGGCCACCAACACCGACGAGGUGAUCCACCUCAGCGGGCGGUUCGAGAUCGUGUCCCUGGUCGGGACCCUGAACCGGGACGCCCACGUCCACGUGUGCCUGGCGGACGGCGAGGGCCGGACGGUCGGCGGUCACGUGCUCGGAGGCCUGGAGGUGUUCACCACGGCGGAGGUGGUGGUCGGCGAGGGGGCGGAGCUUCAGUUCACCAGGGAGCCGGACGAGAGGACGGGCUUCCCCGAGCUGGUGGUGCACCAAGCCCACGGUUGAAGGAGUACAUAUAUAUAUAUAUAUAUAUAUAUAUAUUUAAGUGUCUUUGUGUAUUUAGAAAAGCACUCUAAAAGUUUGUAUUAAUAUUAUUAUUAUUAUAUAUAUAUUAUAUAUAAAUAUUAUUUAUAUAUUAUAUUAUAUAUUUUAAUGAUAUAUAUAUAUAUUAUCAUCUCGUAAAAGGUACCCAUUAAAUAAAAGAGCUAACAUGUUA